AUGGCAUCAGCUGCGAAGAAAGCUGCCCACGCAGGGGUGUCAUCCGCCGAUGUUGAGUCUUUUGCUGAAUAUCUCAAGGGAUGCCGCCGUAUCUUGGCGCUUCUGGGAGCUGGUCUCUCCGCAUCCUCGGGCCUCCCAACUUUCCGCGGUGCUGGAGGAUUGUGGCGUACCCACGAUGCGACCGAGCUGGCAACCCCUGAAGCUUUCCAGGCCGAUCCAGCUUUGGUCUGGCAAUUCUACAGUUUCCGGCGACACAUGGCCUUAAAGGCGGCUCCGAACAAGGCUCACUAUGCGCUCGCCGAGCUGUCGCGACGGAACAAAGACUUCAUCACCAUUUCCCAGAAUGUGGAUGGCCUUUCUCAGCGAGCGCUGCACCCCUCCGAGCAACUCCACUUGCUCCAUGGCUCUCUUUUCAACGUGAAAUGCACCUCUUUCUUCUGCAGAUACACACGCAAAGACGAUUUUACCGAUCCUAUUGCUCCAUCUUUAGCCAUCCCUAAGAAGUCCUCUCUCGUCAAGACCGAUGAGGAUCAAGGCGAAACAGGAACAAAGCAAAUCGAGGAGUCAGAUGAAGAAAUAGACAUCUCAGAUAUCGGUCACCACCUUCCCGACAUCCCAGUGAAAGACCUACCCCAAUGCCCGGAAUGUAACGGUUUGCUUCGACCGGGGGUGGUUUGGUUUGGCGAACCUCUGCCUUCAAAGACCCUUAAAACCGUCGAUGAGUGGAUCGAGUCCGAUCCUGUUGAUCUGAUGUUGGUCAUUGGCACAAGCUCCAGCGUCUACCCGGCUGCAGGCUACACCGAUAUUGCUCGUGCCCACGGUGCACGUAUUGCUGUGAUUAAUAUGGAGCAAUCCGUCAAAACGCUGGGCGAGAACGACUGGUUCUUUCAAGGAGAUGCGAGCGUCGUUGUCCCAGAGAUCUUGAAGAGCGUCAUUGGCGAUAUAUGA